CGCCAGAGCGACCCUGAAGGGCGGUGGCAGGAAAGACUCGGAACGGCUGCCGGAGGUGACGGAGCGGCGGCCCCGCCCGGCGAUCGGGAAGACGAAGCUCCAGGUAGCGGCCCGCAGAGUCUAACCGAGGGUACGACGCGGCAAGCUGCGGGAGCCCACAGUCUCUGGGCGGCCUCUUUAAGGGAGGGGGCGGAGCCACGCGGCAGGACCGGAGGCUCCAGACAUCCUGAGCCCAGGUCCCCCCAGCUCAGUGCAGCCAUGAGUGCCGAGGUGAAGGUGACAGGGCAGAACCAGGAGCAAUUUCUGCUCCUGGCCAAGUCGGCCAAGGGGGCAGCGCUGGCCACACUCAUCCACCAGGUGCUGGAGGCCCCUGGUGUCUACGUGUUUGGGGAACUGCUGGAUAUGCCUAAUGUUAGAGAGCUGGCUGAGAGCGACUUCGCUUCCACAUUCCGCCUGCUCACGGUGUUUGCUUACGGGACAUAUGCUGACUACUUAGCUGAAGCCCGGAAUCUUCCCCCACUCACAGAGGCUCAGAAGAAUAAGCUUCGACACCUAUCAGUCGUCACCCUAGCUGCCAAAGUCAAGUGUAUCCCAUAUGCAGUGUUGCUGGAGGCCCUUGCCCUGCGUAACGUGCGGCAGCUGGAAGACCUUGUCAUAGAGGCCGUGUAUGCCGACGUGUUACGUGGCUCCCUGGACCAGCGCAAUCAGCGGUUGGAGGUUGACUACAGCAUUGGACGGGACAUCCAGCGCCAGGACCUCAGUGCCAUUGCCCGAACCCUACAGGAGUGGUGUGUGGGCUGCGAGGUAGUGCUGUCAGGCAUUGAGGAGCAGGUGAGCCGUGCCAACCAGCACAAGGAGCAGCAGCUGGGCCUGAAGCAGCAGAUUGAGAGUGAGGUCGCCAACCUUAAAAAAACCAUUAAAGUUACAACAGCAGCAGCAGCCGCAGCCACAUCUCAGGACCCUGAGCAACACCUGACUGAACUGAGAGAACCAGCUGCUGGCACCAACCAACGCCAGCCCAGCAAGAAAGCCUCAAAGGGCAAGGGCCCCAAGCACACCAUGGUGGUGAUAGCUGCAACAGUGACAGCAAGAGUGGCUGAGCAGGCACUUGAAAUUCUGAGAGGAGAAUCCCUAUCUCUGACCAGAAGAGUUGUGGUCCCACAAGUCUUCAUGUAUCCAAAUGUCCUUCGCCUCAGACCCCACAGACAUAUGGCUGACAUCCUGGAUGGAGAACACUGACAUCUUGGGGAUAAUUGUCCAGAACCUAGAGAAACAUCAAAAGGAGAGGGACAGCGACAGAGACAGAGACCCAGAGAGAGAGAGAGAAACAGAAACAUCGAUGUAUGGAACAGAUAGAUCAAUUGCCUCCUGUAAGUACCCCAACUGGGACCAAACCCACACCUUGGGCAUGUGCCCUGACUGGGAAUCAAAUCAGUGACCUUUCAGUGCACAGGAUGACACUCACCCAACUGAGCAUUCUUGGAUUCUUCUAGCCAUUGAAUUGGUUCCCUUGACCCUGGUCACGCCUCUUCACCAACCCUAUUUAAUAAGACUUAACACCUGCCUUGGACUACAAAGCCAGUGUUUGGUUGUUGAGCUCAACAUCAUCUCUCUGCUCAUUGAGCAACUAGACAAUUCCUCUUGAACCUAUUUAUCCAUUAAAACCUCCCUUUGCUGAGAGGACUCAGAGCCUUGAAUUUUGGGUAGUGGUUGAUGGAUGUUUUGCCUUUGUUUACCAACUGAAAAGAACUGAAGAUUUUUUUAAUUAGUGGAAACCAUCAUUAAACUCAUACAAGCAUUUGUCAUCAUUAAUAGGUUCCCAAGAGAAACAGAGUGACCCAUUUGCCUGAGCCAGGUCAAGCAAGAGUGAAUGUCUUGAGAAAUUUGAGCACUUCAUGCCCUUCCAGUACCGCUCAGGUUCCAGGUUAGUUUUCCCCUCUGGUCUCCUUCACUGGGCUCAAAUUCUCAACAACUGGCAGUGAAGGGUUUGAAGAAUGUUUGGUGGAAUGUUGCUGACCCCAGAGUUCCUCCCACUUGAAGGCCUGCGUAGGGUUAUUUGGACUCCUUCCUGCUCUGUACCACAAGUGUUCCCACCCACAGUCCAUGGGAGAGACUGUGCCUGAGGGACAAGGGGCAGCGAAUUCCUCAGGCACCUAUGAGAUAUGCCUUACAUUCCCCCUGACAAAUGAAGUUACAGCAAAAGCAAGGGAAGACAGCUGCUACAUUUCAUCCAGCCCAGCUGAGUUCCAUUGCUGCUUCCCAUCUGCCAGUCCCAAUGUCAUUACCAUUGAGGCACUGGGAUUGAACUUGAGUUAUGAAGGCCACACAUGAAGACAGAAGAAAGGAAAUGACGAGGAGGAGACAAGAGGGUUGAAAUUGAACAGGGAAAAGAUUAAAAGUAAAGCCAGAAUGCCACUUG